AUGCUGGAUGAGCUAGACAACGUCUUCGACGACCAUCCGUCCUUGGACGCGUCGCUCGAGGAUUUCGAAAGCAAUACAAACCCUCACAGAUCCCCCAUGUUCGGACUGCCAUCCCAGCACUCUGGGUUCCGAUCUGAAGAGUCGGAUGGAGAAGAUGAAAUCGAGGAACCUGUUCAGGAUGCUUGGUCGCCUCCCGGCUUCCAGCAUGAAUACGUCAAAGACGCUGCCGGAUUUCAACGUGAGUACAAUAGGGGCCCAAACUGGUACCGUCACCAGCCCUAUGAGCGCAAAGGUGAUAUCCACCUCAAGCCCACAGUCGGGCUGAGUGUCUCCCCGUCGCAGUCGCGUGAGCCCAGUCCACAGUAUGAGGACGCGCUUGAAGACCCAGUGAAGAGAGGUGAUCGUGCGACGCCGGGCGACAUCUCUGUAGCGGCAAAUGUGCCUCUGCCGGCGGGUGCAGAUACUCCCCUCCAUGGGCGAUCUCCAAGUCCACCCCCGGCCCCGAGUACGGAUCGCACCGCCCGCCCGAGUCCAGAGGACGACGGCUUCGGCGCCGAGAACUUGAGUAAUUUGCGUGCAGAAGUCCAGCACCGAGAACCGAUUGCUGCUAUUUUUGGAUAUUUGCGCUCCAAGUUCGAGCGCAUGACCAGCUCAAAAUCUAACACUACUUUAUCGGUGAUUGUUCUUCUAAUCACAGGCGUAUUCAUGCGCGCCCUGGUCCUUCCAGGCCUCCCCCAAUCCAUCCCGGAUCUGGUCAAGCUCUCAGGGUUUGCGCGCUCCUUCGAGCCGCUCAUCUACUACUCAGAGAAUGGCGUGCAGCAAAUCGGCACGCUUCAAGAGACAGGCGUCGCAGUGUGGGACUUGAGUGAAUCCGUCCGCGGCACAAAUAUGACCAGCGCCCCGAUCAUCGUUCAUCAACUCGACGAGCUCUCCGAGUCCCUCAAAUCCCUCUCUCUAGAACUAACACGCUUCUUCGCAAACGUCGAUUCAGAUAUCGACUCCAUCCUCAUAGUAAUGGACUGGGCGAAACGUGAACUAGAGACCCUAUCUGCCCAACCCCCUUCCUCCCUCCCAACAAUCGUUUUCGACAACAUGCACAACAUGCUAUCACGCCUUGGUGCCCUGGAGGGCUCCGUCUCAGAUGGCGUCCCGACCUCAACAACACCCCUCGGCCACCUUGUGAUGGCAGUCUUCGGGCCAACGUCCGCACAGCGCACUCGCACAACUCUCACGCGCACCUUCACCGAGUUCCUGUCUGUGCUGGAAGAAUCAAUCAACAGCGAGCUCAGCCACUCCACUGCGCUCUUCGCUUUGUUCGAAUCAAUAGAUCGCCAAUUCCUGAACCUGCAACGCACGGUCGUCCGUGAAUCAGACGCCCAAGAACGCGCAGAAGGCGAAAUGCUCUCUUCACUCUGGACGCGCGUUCUCGGUCCAGACGCCGUCGCAGUCCGCAAAUACGAGAAGAACAAGAAAUUACUCGCGAACGUGCGCUCCCGCACAGUCGCCAACAAACAUCUUCUCGUUGAUCACCGCGGUCGACUCCUUACUCUCAAAGUGAACCUCGAGACGCUGCGGAGGAAAUUGGUUUCUCCGCUUGUGCGCCGUAAUGACUCGGUCAGUUUCGUCGGAACUGUUGAUGGAAACGGCAAUGGGAACUCCGGGCCCGGGCGAAUGCUGGGCCCCGUUGAGGCCGUUAUCGACGGUCAGAUACGUGGCUUGGAGGGGACGUAUGAUUACCUGCGCUCGGUGAGGGAGCGACAGAAAGCGAAGCUCAUGGAGAUGGUCUACGGGGCGGGCAAGAAACCCAGUCAGGCGAUGAUCGAUGGGUUGGACAGUGACGAGUGA